UUAACUUAACCUAUCUUUAUUUCAUAUAAUUUUAUUAUUUGCUGUACAUUUCUUUCCAUCCAAAGAUGCCUAUGAAUUUAAAUAUUGGAAUAUUGGGACACAUUGAUUCCGGAAAAACGAGUCUUGCCAAAUGUUUAAGUGAGAUUGCAAGCACUGCUUCCUUCGAUAAAAGUUCCCAGUCUCAGGCAAGAGGUAUCACCUUGGAUUUGGGAUUUAGCAGUUUCACUCUACCAGCACCUGAUCACUUAUGCAAUGACAUUAAAGAGAUUCAAUAUACUCUUGUAGACUGUCCAGGCCAUGCAAGUCUUAUUAAAACCAUCCUCGGAGGUGCACAGAUUAUUGAUAUGAUGAUCCUUGUGAUUGAUGUUACUAAAGGCAUACAAACUCAAACAGCAGAGUGUAUUAUUAUUGGUGAAAUAACUUGUAAAAAGUUAAUAUUGGUUUUAAACAAGAUUGAUUUACUUGAUCUUGAAGAACGUAGCAAGAAUAUUAAUAAGGUCAAAACUAAGAUGUUGCAAGUCCUCAAUAACACAUCUUUUGGUAAUGAGAAUAUACCAGUUAUUGGUGUUUCUGCCACACAAAAAUUAGGAAUUGAUGAGCUGAAAGAGUGCAUUUCAAAAUUUACUUAUCUUCCAAACAGAAGCAAAAAUGAUAAACUGCUGUUCUCCUUUGAUCAUUGUUUCAACAUCAAAGGACAAGGAACUGUGUUAACUGGGACCAUUAUUCAAGGCUCUGUCAAGAUAAAUGAUGAAAUUAAUAUUCCUGAGCUUGGUGCAUCAAAAAAAGUUAAGUCUAUGCAGGUUUUCAGGAAACCUGUAUCUGAGGCUAUGCAAGGUGAUAGAGUUGGAAUUUGCAUCAAUCAAUUAGAUGCUAAGCUCUUGGAAAGAGGUUAUGCUUGUACACCUGGCUUUGGGAAACUCAUCAAUUUCGGUAUUAUCAAAUUGAAUGCCAUUAAGUAUUUCAAGGAAACAAUCAAGACCAAGUCGAAAUAUAACAUAACGAUUGGUCACGAGACGAUCCCAGCUGAAAUUACGCUGUUUUCAUGCGAUCAAGACAAUGAAGUAUAUGAUUUAAAAAACGAAUACUUGUUUGAAGAAACUUACGAUAUCGAUGAAACGAAUAAACGCAAUUACUUUGCGCUUUUGCAAUUCGAUAAGCCUUUCUUUUCUGUGCCUUAUGCGAUUAUGAUUGGUACAAAGUUAGAUACCAGUAGUAAAUGUAGAAUUGCCUAUUGGGGUAGGCUACUGGAUUCCUGGAGUGAUAAAAGUGUCUUGAAUGAGAUGCGAGUUUAUAAAACUUGCUGUAAACAUGGGGCUGUGGAUAGAAUAGUUAACGAGAAUGCUGUGAUAAUAAAGAACAUGUUCCAUAAGAAUAGCGAUAUGCAAAAGUUUUGCAACUUUAAUGUCGAAUUAUCGAAUGGGGCGAUUGGUUAUAUUGAAGGUAGUUUUGGUAAAAGUGGGAAGGUGAAAGUUUGCUUCAAAGAAAGUAUAAAUAUUGAUGAUUCUAAAGGGAAGGCCAUGGAAGUGACUUUGAAGUUUAAGAAAUAUAUUUUUGAUGUAAAUAAAACGAUUUUAACCAGCACAUCAGCACAUGACAUGGAGGAUAUCAUUCCUGAAGAAAAUAAUGAACAUAGAGAAACCCCCACCACCAUCAGUUGGGACAGAUGGGGUACUCUGUGCAAGACUACCUUCAGGCGACAAAUGUCGUGCAUAUCUAAACGGCUGAAUCCUCCAAGAUUGAGUAACAAGUAUACACUAUGGGAAUACUUUAGAAAAUGCCUUGAUCAAACAAUCAUAAGGAACAUGAAUCUGAAAUCCAAAGAGGAAUUGGAAGAAGCUGUAGAAAAACUUAUUACUUCUACACAAAACGCUGCCUGGAGUACACCUGCUACAGGAACAAACAACUUAAAGCAUGGUUGUCCUGCAAACAUCAGAAGGGCAGUUACGGAGAAGAGGAAGCUUAUUAAAUAG